UUACAAGGUGACAAUUCAACCUGAUUCAUUUAACAACAUCGGCAACUAUUCACACUCUUUGGAGGAACCAAACCGAACCAAUGUCUGCUUCUGAAUCCGUUGUUCAUGUGGCUUUCCUCCCAAGUGCUGGCAUGGGACACCUUAACCCAUGUCUGAGGAUACCAACACUGUUCCUCCGCCAUGGCUGCAAAGCCACUCUCAUCACUCCCAAGCCCACUGUUUCCAUCGCAGAGUCUAACCUCAUCUCUCGCUUCUGUUCCUCUUGCCCUCACCAAGUAACCCAAAUUGACUUAAACCUCAUCACUCUGGAUCCAGCCACGGUUAACACCGACGACCCUUUUUUCAUUCAGUUCGACACCAUUCGUCGUUCCGUACACCUUCUAUCUCCGAUCUUUUCUUCACUCUCCACACCUCUCACUGCUUUCAUCUACGAUGUUACCUUCAUCUCCCCUCUUCUUCCAAUCACCGACAAACUCUCAUGCCCCUCUUACAUCUACUUCACUUCAGCAUCUAGAAUGCUCUCUUUCUUCGCACACUAUCACGUCCUCGCUGCUUCCAAUACGGACCCUCACCCUCACCCUUCUUCGUUCAUAGGUGAUGAGGUGAAAAUCCCGGGGUUGGCAUUGCCAAUACCGAGAUCCUCGGUUCCCGGUUUGCUUCUUCAGCCUUGUAAGAACUUCUUUCAGAGUCUCUUCAUGGAGGACAGCUGCAAACUCGUGAAGCUUGAUGGGGUUUUCAUCAACUCGUUUGAGGAGUUUGAAGGAGAGGCACUAGCGGCACUCAAUGGAGGGAAAGUGGUUAAAGGGUUGCCUCCAGUGUACGGUGUUGGUCCGUUAAUGGCGUGUGAGUUUGAGAAUGAGGAACAAGGUCAAAGGGGUUGCAUGGGUUCGAUAUUGGAGUGGCUUGAUGGAAAAAGUGAAGGGUCGGUGGUGUAUGUUAGUUUGGGGAGCAGAACUGAGACGAGGAGGGAGCAGAUAAAAGACAUGGCUUUGGGGUUGAUAGAAAGUGGGUAUAGCUUUUUGUGGGUGGUCAAGUUGAAGAGGGUUGAUAGAGAAGAGGAGGAGGGUUUGGAGGAUGUGUUGGGGAGUGAGUUGAUGAAUAAGGUGAAGGAAAAGGGUGUGGUUGUGAAGGAGUUUGUGGAUCAGAUGGGGAUUCUGGGUCACCCUUCAGUGGGGGGGUUUGUGAAUCAUGGAGGGUGGAACUCAAUAAUUGAGAGUGUGUGGCAAGGGGUGCCUAUUAUGACAUGGCCUCACCAUGGUGAUCAGAAGAUAACAUCAGAGGCAGUGAGAAUGAGUGGUGUGGGGAUUUGGCCUCAGGAGUGGGGCUGGGGGACACAAGAGGUGGUCAAAGCCAAAGAGAUUGCUAACAGAAUCAAAGAAUUGAUGGGGAAUGAAUCUUUUAGGGUCAAAGUUGCAGAAAUGAAGGAGGCUGCUAGGAGGGCUGCUGGUGUCGGUGGGAGUUGUGAGGCUAUUGUUCAGAGACAAAUUGAGGAGUGGAAGAAAAAUGCUCAAUCUACCUAGGCAUUUAGAGUAUUUAGCUACUGACAAAGGCUACUUAGUUAAUUUGUUGUUCUGUUGUUUGUGGUUAGAUUUUCAAUUGGUAGAGUUUUGUUGGGUGUUAUUAUUUCGUUACAAUAAGUUUAGUGAGCAGGGUUUGGAAAUCGAGGUUAUUAUUCAGAGAUAAAUUGAGAACAAUGUUCAAUCUACCUAUAAUUAUCAA